AUGGCAGGAAAAACUCAGGUUGUUCGGCAUGCCCUGAUAGGCUUUGGGGCUCGAAAUGCUGAGCUUUUAAAGCAUGCCGUCAUUGCAUUUCUUGCACAACGGGAUACUUUCAAGGAAAUUGGCCUUCAACUAGAGUUUGACGUAUACAGUGAUCGAAAUGCACCAGCAGCCAGUGAAAAAGCCUACAUUUGGGAUGAAGCCUGGGCACCGACACAAGAUGGCGCCAUACGAACUGCAGCCCCAGUCAGCGCCCCAUUGAGAGGAGUAGAAAAAAUCCAACCAGACGUGCUCAAGGUUCUCCAAGACGCCGUUAAUGUCGAUCUUGCCAUCAGGCAAGAGAUUCGGUCUAACCGUGCGGCGCUCGAAGGCCAGUACCAGACCAUCAACCCGGCAGCACAUGCUCUUUUACAAGAAAGCAGUCUACCCCUGGGGGAUGUAGAUGUAACGCAGCCAUUUGGUAUACGAAGUACCAUGGGCGUUGCCCUUCGCCGAGGUGUAUGGGAUGUUGUCAACUUUGUGAAGGACAAUAUACCCGAGAUCAGGAUUUAUUUCCACUGGGACGCACAAGUAACCUUUAUCAACUUGUCAGAUUCCCAAAAACCGAGGCUCUGGGCCCAAAAAGACGGAGAUGUGGGCGGCAAUCUCGAGGACGGUGACGAAGGCGAGGCUUUUGAUUUUGUUCACAAUGCUCAAGGUCUGUUAAAAGUCCAGUAUUUCGAUCCCGAACCGCUUCAAAUCGAGCACCGUGUAUUUACAGCGCACCCGAAUUUCCAGCUCAUGGUACAACAACUAGCCGCAAACGGGUUGCUAAGCAACGCGGGUCUUCUUCAAGUGGGCUCAAAGAUUGGGAUUGUUGGCCUAGGUUCAUCUGCCUACGACUAUGCGUCUAUUCUUUUGCGGCUCACUGAUAUUGUCGAAAUAACAAACAAUGGCUGGCGCAUCAACGAGACGAACGCGCGGAGGUGGCCAGGGCUGUUGACGUUUAUAAGCCCCAACAAUAUUGUGAGGCCUCCGCUCCAUUUCCGCACUCGAGGCGAUUCGUCCGACAUGAGGUGGCCUCCCUUUGAAACGAGAUCCUUGAUCUCUACGGAGGAACUCCACGCGUUGACGCUGCAGAUAAAUUUCGACUGGACAAGCGUUGCACUUCCACUGCUGCUUGCCAACGUGGCCCUGUUGACAAAUAAAGACGUAGACUCGGUAGCUGGACAUUAUCUGAAAUUUCGCCCGUCAGAGGUGGACGCGUGGGUUCGCAUGGCCGAAUAUCAUGAACAAAAUCAGCAAUACGAGGCCGGCAACGUAACCGAGAUGGCCCUUCUUCGACUGGGCCAGCAAUUGCUUACCAAUGGCCACGGCUUGGAGGCAUAUCCGGAGGACGCUGAUCGUGUCUUGUCUGCCAAGGCACCCUUGACUCGACGACGAGGAGCUGCUGCGCGUAAAGCCGCCGCGGAAGAGGUGUCACGGCUCAGACACGCGGCCACGAGUCUCGACUAUAGGUUUAUCGAGUUUUGGAACUUGAUGCAAAGCUGGAACAAGGCUGCUCCCGUCCCGCUCCAAGACAUGAUGGCACAACUCUUUGCCUUGGGCGUUGCGCAUCAUCAACAAGCAAGCACUGAUGACUUUAGUGCCUCGACCACGCACGCGGAUAGAGUGGCCGUACGUGAUCGAACAUAUGAUGUCAUAUUUGCUGCGCCAACAAACGGGGUCCGAAGCGAGUGGCAACUUGAUCAAGUUGAAUUCCCGUACACUAAUGACGGAUCCAACAUUAAAAGGGCGUACCAAGAGGUCCCGGCGAGGCCCCAUUUAAGAACACUCCGCAAUCAGGAUGGCUCAGGAAUGAGCACCUCUGAGCGACAGCCAAAGUUGAACAAGGGUCGAACGUGGAUAGAUUCAGACAACGAACCUAUACAUGUAUUUGACAAUGGCCCAGCAAGCCUGGGGGAGAGAUGUUGUUACCCAAUGGACGGGCCGCGAGUGCUUGGUGUCAAGGAUGCCGACAUGGAGAGCUUGGCCACCAUUUUCGACUGGGCGCCAACGGCCGGGAAAACGUUGGUCGCCGUCAGCGCCCUCCUCGCCCGUGGAAAUUCCAAGCCCAUUAUGGAUUUCAUGCAAUUGUAUGAACAGGGGCUACCGACCCCUGAUGUGUUCAAUAAUGAGACUGCCUUGUUUGCGGCAGCUUGGCGCGAGGUCAAUGAAAAGUCUUGCUUUGUGAAAAUCAUUGUCGAGUAUAACCAGAAACGUCCCAUUGUUCACACUUACCUCAGGUAUGCUUUCGAGGCCGACGAGCGUGAACAAGCCAUAACCCAGAUUGAUAGAGUGUGCCCCGGCGCCAGAAGAAAGUGGCAGAGUCUCUUGGGUAGAAUCCGAGUCUUUGAUCCUAUCAGACGCCAUCAAUUUUAUAGGACUCGCCACAUGGAUUUUACGCCCGAUGAGAUGGAUACUUUGUGGGCCAGUGUUCUCACCAGAGUAGCCAGCUAG